AUGAAUCACUUGCGACUAGUAAUGGCAACCUUUCCUCCUUGCACCUAUGGCUUACAUGCAGACGAGGUUACUCGAAAAGAUCGCCAAAAGUGGGAGGUGGUGCAACGUUUAAAAUUCCUGUCAGUUCAAACGUGCCUACUCAACAUCGCGCAUAGAAAAAACGGUGUUACUAAAGAUGUGUCAGUGUAUGGUACGUGGGCAUUCCUCUAUGUCGCCUGGCACUACACAGAGAUUUUCUUCAGUCUGCAUGCAUCUCUUCGUGAGAGAAUAAAGUAUGCUGCCUUUCUUGCUAUUUUCUUCAGCUUUUGGCGAAACUGGAUCGUGAUUUCCAAUGCCUUUUCCCUGAAGCAAAACUUUCUCACUAGAGAAUGCUUCCAAGAUGUUCUUCUGUCAUGCCACUUUGUUGUCAUUCUGAUUUCUUACUUUCGCGAUGAGCACCCUGACCUGGAAUGCCCUUUACAUCUAACAGGAAGCCAUUGUUGCGAAAGGUACUUCUCCAAAAAUGGCAGUUUUGUACAAAACCGCCACAACUACACUUUUCUUGACAUGCACACGAACCUUGGUCACAUGAACAGGUUGGAGGAGAUCAAAGCAACAAACCCAGACAUUAAGUUUCCAAUACGCAAACAUAACAAUAUCAAUGAACAAGGAGAUGAGACCAGUGACGAUGACAAGUGGUUUUACAAGCCCAUGGAGUAUGUUGAUUUCAAGAAAUCAUUAAGAGGCAUGGAAACAGAGGAAGAGCAAGAGACCUUACGGAGAGAAGCACGUGAACAGGAAUCGGAAGAAGCCACAGAAACUGAAACCGGGCCUAACUCUGACAGUCUUUGCGAUUCAUUUGAAGAUGAGGAAGUUGAAGACAUUCACCAAAUAGUGAAUCCCCUUCUCGACAGCUUCAAUAAAAACAAAGAGGCGGAAAAGCGAGGUGCUACUUUGCUAAUACCCGGCAUCAGCAGGCGUUACAAAAGUACAAUAAUUGCAGAACUGAGAAAUAACCCUGAACUGUCUACAGACCGCCUUAGACGGGUACGAGGUGCAGGCACAUCAUCAGAGAGUGAGAAGACAGGUGACAACGACUCCACGGACAGCGGCGAUUCUGUUGCUUUAUUCGACGACUGUGUAUUUUAUGACCCUACUUGCGCUGGCAAGUUCGUCUUAGGCAGAGUGCAACGUCAUUGUGUCAAAAUACUGUCGCACUUCUGA